AUGACUGUCAAUCUGGAUGACGAACUGUUCACCAGUGCCAUCUCUGGAUAUCGCGAAGCGUUUUUGGUCCAACACUCCCACCUCUCGGAAGAUGAACGAAAUCAGCUCUGGAUUGAACGGCUAAGUCAGUUCAUCCCCAACCGGGAUACCAACUGGCAGCCAGCUGGGGGCCUGGGGAAACGGACUCGACAGGAUGCGACACCACGGACGUUGCCAUAUUCUGAUUCGGGUCUUCCUCGGGCAAAACGGAGAGCCACCACCCCGGAUCUCUCGGUCGACCUAACCCGCGACCUCUCCCACGUCUCCUCCCCCGACCUACCUCGGACCGGCGCCUUCACGGGACAAGGCUCCUACCGACACACCGCCAUGGUGCGCUCCCAGAGCCAGCAAAUACCGGUCUCCCACCAGCCAGGCGGUGGCGCAAUGGGUAAACGCCAAUCCUUCGGCCCGGUACGGACCCGUCGUCUCGACCAUGUCGAUGAAUUCUCGCCAUCCGAGUACGCGAGGUAUUUGGACGCAUCUCCCAGUCAACCCUUUGACUCCGCCUUGACUUUCGGACUCGCAAAUCAUGGACAAACCGGACCAUCGUUCCCUCAAUACCUUGACCGGACGUCCCCCUGGACCGACCAGGCCCCACCAGCUGCGCCAGAGAUGUCCCGCAGCACGACCACCGACUCCUUAGUGGGCGGAAUCAACAUGUUCCGCUUCGAUUCGACUGGACCCCAAUAUCAAGAACCGGUCGGCUCCGUCCCAGAGUGGGUGCCAACAUCCACCGGCCUACCGUAUCAAGACUCCUUUCUCUCCCCCGUGUACCCUGACCUAGAUCCCACAUCGUCUUCCCCGUUCUCCCACCAUUCUCCCAUCUCCCACCCCUCGUCCUUCUCCAACCCAUCAUUCUCAGCAUCCGCUCCCCCAACCACCUCCUUCCACUACCCAAUGCCCCACAAUCUCCUCCCCUUCGACUCAGUGGAUAUGAAACCAUCCGAUUCAAUCGACAGCAACAACUCGGCGAACCAGCGCUCCCGUGCCGCACGCCGCACCAAAGAACAGAUCGCCCAGGCCGCACGCCCCAUUGCCCCCAAAGUCGAAUCCGUCGAAAACAUCAUGUCCCAAAUCGACCCGCACACGAUGAUCCGCAUCUCUUCAGCAGACGGCACAACGAAAGAAGUCGCCGCCAUCCCCAAGGCCUCCGUGCGGCGACCCCAGCGACCAAAGACAUACUGCAGCAUCUGCACAGACCAUCCAGAUGGCUUCCACGGCGAACACGAGCUGCGCCGCCAUAUCGAGCGCGUGCACGCUUCCAUCCGCACCGUCUGGGUCUGCAACGAUAUCUCGCCUGGCAAGUACUUCCUUUCGAACUGCAAGGCUUGUCGCAAUGGGAAACGCUACGGUGCCAAUUACAAUGCUGCUGCGCAUCUGCGUCGCACGCAUUUCAAUCCCUGUGAGCGGGGCCGUGGCGGGCGCGGGAAAGAUAGCGAGAAACGCGGUGGGAAGGGUGGAGGUAACCAGCCUGGUAUGGAUGUGUUGAAACAUUGGAUGAUUGCCGCUGAGGAAGUCACCGAUGAGGCGGCUGGUGGUGGCUCAAACUCCAGGCUUCUGAUUCGGAAUUCUAGUCGUGUUUCGACUAGGGACCCCGGGUAUCAGCUUGCUGUCGCUGCUUGUCGUCUGGUCGAGGGUCAGCCUCCCUAUGUUGUGGAGUCAGCUCUGCUGAAGGAGUCUGACCAAUUCCCCGACUUUCCCGAUGCGCCGUUUGAGUUUGAUUUUGAGCUGGGCCUUGAUCUCGACCUCGAUCUUGAGGGGUCAAUGGGUUCGCCGUUCUCGGAUUCACAGUCAUCCUGUAUGCCUGAUAUUGAUUCAUGUGUCAAGUGA